CUCAAUUAGUGGAGGCUUCACGUGUUUCUCGAUUUGUUUACAAUUUUCCCUCUCGAAAUGAAGCCAUUCGAAGUGCCGCCCUGGGAGGCAGGAGCAGAGAUUAUUGAAUUCAAGCCUGUGAAUCCUUCGGGAAAUGGAGUUGCUGCCGCCAAGAAGCCAAAGAAGAAGAAACCCAAGAAGAAGAAGCCAGUGGAGGCCGAAGAAGUAUCCAAAGUAAGCCAGGCACCUGGAAAAUUCAGUUACCGGCAUGGCGGAGGACCACUGGCCCCGCCCCCUGACUCCUCGGAUGAUGACGACGAUGUGGAGGACGGCAUUCGGGCCAUGCACAAGGUGAAAUCCGGCAGAAUCGAGAAGCAGCGACCACCAACACAGGCCACUAAAGGAGGCAAGAAGGAACUGAAGCUGAAACCCGAACUGGCACAAGCGGCGGUGGAGGCCAUGGAGACCACCAGCUCACCAAGUCCGGCUGCCAGCUCACUGGCCAACAAGCUGCAAUCGGAACUCUUGGGCGGACGGUUCCGAUAUAUAAACGAGCAGCUCUACUCGGUGACCAGUCGCAAGGCUGAGGCCCUUUUCCGCAAGGACAGCUCCGCCUUCGAGGCCUACCACGCUGGCUACCGGCAGCAGGUGGAGAAAUGGCCAACGAAUCCACUCAACCGCAUCAUCAAGACCAUCAAGAAGGUGCCCAAAACAGCCAUAGUUGGGGACUUCGGCUGUGGAGAGGGCAAACUGGCUCAGUCCGUGCCAAACAAGGUGUACUCCAUGGAUUUGGUGGCUGCCCGGGGCGACAUCAUUGCCUGCAACAUCACGGAUACCCCGCUCCAAGCUCAGUCGCUGGACGUGGCCGUGUACUGUCUCUCCCUAAUGGGCACCGAUCUGAACGAGUUCUUCCUGGAGGCCAACCGGGUGCUCAAACUGCACGGCAGUGUCUAUAUAGCGGAGAUCCAGUCGCGUUUCGAGGAUGUGCGGGAGUUUGUGCGCUGCUUGGUUGCAUGUGGAUUCGACCUGGUCAAGAAAGAUGUGGCUGUUAACUAUUUCUACUUCUUCCAGUUCAAGAAGAUGCGUCAUGUUCCCAAGGGCACUAAGUUAAAGGCCUUCUCCCUGAAGCCUUGCUUGUAUCGCAAACGAUAAGAGGCUAGAAAUGGCUAGAAGUGAUGUUCUGUCCCCAACAUUUGAUCUACCUGACUGCACGGGAUCGAAAUUAGUCAAUAUUCACUCUUAAAAACUCUCCUCCGUUCGACACUACAUUUUAGUUUCAACAAAUGUAUGGUUUUUUAAUUUCAUUGCACAGACUGUUUACGGAACCCGAGACGAAAGCUGCACUUUUAGAUAAUUACGUUUGUACAUUAACUAAAUGUAGGAAUCUUUAUCAACGCAAUAAAUAUUGAAUUUUUACUAGUAAAUUCGGAUUCAGAUAAAA